AUGGAAGAGUUUUGUUUGCUGCUGAAUGAUGACGAGAUUGUUGCUGCUGAGGCUCCUGGAGUCCAGAUUGAUCAACCUGAAGUGCAAGCACCUACUGUAGCCAUUCACACUUCACCAGUUGAGCUCGCACAACAAGCUCGAUCGGCAGCUCGAUCGAGUCGAACUCUAGCUCGAUCGAGUCAGGCAUCUUCUGUCCUCAAGCCGAUUUUGCUUGACCCUUACCAGCCAGUUGAUACAUCAUUGAUGAUAGGAUUUCUCGAUCGAGUUGAAGCUUGGCCGGUCGAGUUGAGGAACUCGACCGGUUGGUCGAGUAGAUGGUCGAGCUGGUCUUCAAGAUGGCUUCCUCCUUCUUCCUUUGCGUAUCCAGUUGAGCUGCGUCCAUGUGCCAAGUCCUCCAUGCUCCUCACGUCCCAUAUGCUCCAGAAUGCUCCAAAAGACCUAUUUCAAAGGACCAAACAUGCAUAUGUAUGCAAAUGCAACCUAAAACUACUAUGA